AUGGCCCCAUCCUACGAGUCCGAAUACGAAAUCAUUGAAGAGGAGCCUACAAAUAUCUUUGACUACCAGGACACACCCGAGAACCAGUCAUGGGCUGGUACUUUACCACUCAAACAGGGUCUUUACGACCCUGAAUUGGAGAAGGACGCUUGCGGUGUAGGUUUUGCUGCUCACAUCAAGGGUGUUGCUAGUCAUAAAAUUCUAAGUGAUGCACGAAGCCUAUUGUGCAACAUGACCCAUCGAGGUGCUGUUGGUUCCGAUGCCAGAGACGGUGAUGGAGCUGGUGUCAUGACCUCUAUCCCCCAUAAGUUCUUUGUGAAGGAGUUUACUGGGGCCACGGGCUUUGUGUUACCCCCACAAGGCCAGUACGCUGUUGGUAACUUGUUUUUCAAACCAGAUGAAGAUGUCCUAGUUCGAAGCAAGGCAAAAUUUGAGAAAGUUGCGGAGCAAUAUGGUCUUCGUGUUCUAGGAUGGAGAGAUGUACCUCGUGACAGCACUCUUCUUGGGCCAGCUGCUUUGUCUCGGGAGCCCAAGAUUCUUCAACCUUUUGUCGUACUCAAAAGCUCUUAUGGUGAGGGAAAGGAGCCGGCAAAUACAGAUUCAAGUUUCGAUGAGAAAUACUUCGAACGACAACUAUAUGUGCUACGAAAAGUUGGGACCAAAGAGAUCGGGCUUCAUAAUUGGUUCUACAUUUGCUCUCUGAGCAACAAAAACAUCGUUUACAAAGGUCAAUUAGCACCGGUUCAAGUGUACACCUACUACCACGACCUUGUAAACGUUGACUUUGCGGUUCACUUUGCACUGGUUCAUUCUCGUUUCUCCACAAACACGUUCCCCAGUUGGGAUCGCGCUCAACCGUUGAGAUGGGCUGCACACAAUGGUGAAAUCAACACAUUGAGAGGUAACAAGAACUGGAUGCAUGCGCGUGAAGGACGAAUGCGCUCAGAGUUCUUCGGUGAAGAUCUCGAGAAACUUUAUCCAAUCAUCGAAGUAGGAGGAUCUGAUUCCGCAGCUUUUGAUAACGUACUUGAAUUAUUGGUUAUCAACGGUGUUCUUUCCUUGCCAGAAGCUGUCAUGAUGUUGGUUCCCGAAGCUUGGCAAGACAAUGAAGAGAUGGAUCCAAAGAAAGCUGCUUUCUACGAGUGGGCGGCUUGUUUGAUGGAGCCUUGGGAUGGCCCAGCUUUGUUCACAUUUGCAGAUGGAAGAUACUGUGGUGCCACAUUGGAUCGAAACGGCCUGCGGCCAUGUAGAUUCUAUGUAACUGAUGAUGAUCGCAUUAUCUGUGCAUCCGAAGUUGGUACUAUUUUGAUUGAACCGGAACGCAUUGUUCAGAAGGGUAGAUUGCAGCCUGGGAGAAUGCUUUUAGUUGAUACCGUUGAGGGACGCAUUGUUGAUGAUAAGGAGUUGAAGAUGCAAGUCUCUUCUCGUUUCGAUUUCACAACCUGGACACAAGAGCAAUUGAUUACCCUUCCAAAGGUCCAAGAGAGCUUGAUGAGCUCUGGUGUAGUACUUGACCCUGAAUUGGACGAUAUCAGCAUUCAGAAUGAUAAAAGAUUGCUCGCGUUCGGAUACACAUUCGAGCAGGUCGGCUUGAUUCUGGGGCCGAUGGCUGCCGACUCGAAAGAAGCUCUAGGAUCCAUGGGUAAUGAUGGCCCACUGGCUUGCUUAGCAAACCAACCCCGUCUUUUGUACGAGUAUUUCCGUCAGCUUUUCGCCCAAGUCACAAACCCUCCUAUCGAUCCCAUUCGCGAGGCUGUUGUCAUGUCUCUUGAAUGCUAUGUCGGACCACAAGGCAAUCUUCUUGAAAUUGAUCCUUCUCAAUGCCAUCGUCUCCUGGUUCCUUCCCCAGUUCUCUCUCUCCAGGAGUUCAAUGCCUUGCAUAACAUCCAGGAGUAUCAUAAAGAUUGGACAGUUCAGACGAUCGAUAUCACAUUCCCCAAGAGCAAGGGAAUGUCUGGUUAUAUCAAGGCCAUCGAUGAAAUCUGCAACCAAGCAAAUGAGGCUGUCAAAGCAGGCUACAAGAUAUUGGUCCUCUCUGAUCGUAACGCAUCGGCCGACCGUGUUGCAGUAUCUGCUCUUCUUGCAACUGGAGGUGUUCACCAUCAUCUUAUCCGCAAUAAGGUACGCUCGAAGAUUGCUUUGAUCAUCGAGACCGCCGAAGCUAGAGAGGUUCAUCAUCUUUGUGUACUUCUGGGAUACGGUGCCGACGCUAUUUGCCCAUACCUUGCAUUGGAAUGUAUUCUCAAGAUGAACCGCGAAAAAUUGAUCAGAGGGGGCCUUUCAGAUGAAAGAAUAGUCGAAAAUUACAAACACUCGUGUGAUGGAGGUAUCUUGAAGGUCAUGAGUAAGAUGGGUAUUUCUACUUUGCAGAGCUACAAGGGUGCUCAGAUCUUCGAGGCGCUGGGUGUGGAUAAUUCUGUCGUCGAUAAGUGCUUCACAGGAACAGCAACACGUAUUAAGGGAAUUACAUUCGAAUAUAUCGCCCAAGACGCAUUCGCUUUCCACGAGCUGGGAUACCCAAGCCGUUCAAUUGUCUCUCUCCCUGGCCUUCCGGAAUCAGGAGAAUAUCAUUGGCGUGAUGGUGGUGAAGCUCAUGUUAACGACCCUGUCAGUAUUGCCAACAUCCAAGAUGCAGUGCGCACGAAAAACGACAAAUCAUAUGAAGCCUACUCUCUUUCAGAAUAUGAGCAAAUUAAGAAUUGUACCCUACGAGGAAUGUUGGACUUCAAUUUCGAAAAGUCUAAGCCAGUCCCGAUCGAUCAAGUAGAACCAUGGACCGAAAUUGUUCGUCGGUUCUGUACCGGUGCUAUGUCUUACGGAUCAAUCUCCAUGGAAUCUCACUCGACCCUUGCUAUUGCAAUGAACAGACUCGGCGGUAAAUCAAACACUGGCGAAGGUGGUGAAGAUCCUGAACGAAGUAAUGUCAUGGAAAAUGGCGACACCAUGAGGUCGGCCAUCAAGCAGGUCGCUUCUGGGCGUUUUGGUGUCACUUCUCACUACUUGGCCGAUUCCGAUGAGCUUCAAAUCAAAAUGGCCCAAGGAGCGAAGCCUGGAGAGGGAGGCGAGCUUCCUGGUCACAAAGUCUCACAAUCGAUUGCACGUACCAGACAUUCAACUCCAGGUGUUGGGUUGAUUUCUCCUCCUCCACAUCACGACAUUUAUUCCAUCGAGGAUCUGAAACAGCUCAUCUAUGACCUGAAAUGCGCUAACCCCAGAGCCCGCGUUUCAGUCAAACUUGUCUCCGAAACCGGCGUUGGUAUCGUUGCAUCAGGUGUGGCUAAGGCCAAGGCUGACCACAUUCUCAUCUCAGGACAUGACGGUGGUACUGGUGCCUCUAGGUGGACUGGUAUCAAAUAUGCUGGACUACCAUGGGAGCUUGGCUUGGCCGAAACUCAUCAAACACUCGUGUUGAAUGAUUUGCGUGGUCGUGUAAUUGUGCAAACAGAUGGUCAAUUACGCACAGGUCGUGAUGUUGCUAUCGCCUGUUUACUAGGUGCCGAAGAAUGGGGAUUUGCGACUACACCUCUAAUUGCGAUGGGAUGUAUCAUGAUGAGAAAAUGCCAUUUGAAUACUUGUCCGGUUGGUAUUGCCACACAAGACCCAGAGUUGCGGAAGAAAUUCACAGGAACUCCUGAGCACGUCAUCAACUUCUUCUAUUAUGUCGCCAACGAGCUCCGAGCCAUCAUGGCGAGGUUAGGAUUCAGGACUAUCAACGAGAUGAUUGGUCAUUCCGAGAAACUAUACGUGCGCAAGGAUCUUAUGACUGAGAAGACCAAGAACAUUGAUUUGUCCUUGAUUCUGACUCCCGCUCACACUCUCCGUCCCAAUGUUGCAACUUACAACGUUCGAAAGCAAGACCACAGAUUGCAUGUGCGCCUCGACAACAAGCUGAUUGAUGAAUCAGAGUAUACCCUUGACAGGGGAGUUCCAACUCGCAUCGAGUCAGAUAUUGUCAACACCGAUCGUGCUCUUGGAGCGACGUUAUCAUACAGAAUCAGUAGGCUGAAGGGUGAAGCCGGUUUGGAGCCAGAUUCGGUACAUGUAAACCUAAAGGGGUCUGCGGGUCAGUCAUUUGGCGCUUUCCUGGCACCAGGAGUAACAUUGGAGCUUGAAGGAGACGCCAAUGAUUAUGUUGGAAAGGGACUGUCUGGUGGCAGAGUCGUCAUCUACCCACCGAGAAACGCCUCAUACAAAGCAGAGGAGAACAUAAUCGUUGGAAAUGUGUGCCUUUAUGGUGCCACUUCAGGUCAAGUGUUCUUCCGUGGUGUCGCCGCAGAACGUUUUGCCGUUAGAAACUCAGGUGCCACUGCUGUAGUUGAGGGUGUUGGUGAUCAUGGUUGUGAGUAUAUGACUGGAGGAAGGGUUCUUAUUUUGGGUGAAACCGGCCGCAACUUUGCUGCUGGUAUGUCGGGUGGUAUUGCCUAUGUUUUGGACAUGAAACAGGAUUUCCGCUCGAAGGUGAACAUGGAGAUGGUUGAGCUAUCAGACAUCACUGAUCCCUACGAAAUCUCUUACGUCCGCGGUCUUGUUGAGGAUCACUAUCAAUACACAGGCUCCGAGCUUGCCAAGAGGGUUCUUUUGGACUUUAGAAGAGCGCUUCCUCGAUUUGUUAGAGUCCUUCCUACUGAUUAUAAAAGAGUUCUUGAAGAGGAGGCCCUCAAAGCAGCAACGGCAAGAUCAUCUCACACGCUCUCUCUACUUCCUGGGAACCCAGCUCGUGAGCAGCAAGAAAAGUUACUGGCGAAGGCAAAGGCCAAAGAAGCGGAGGCCAAACACAAGCAUGAAGCGUCUAUGACCGAUCUUGAAGACAGCAUAACAGACACCAAAGCGGAGAAAAAGAAGUCUGCGCUCGUUCUUAACAAAACGAAGGGUUUUAUGCUAUAUGCUCGUCGUAGUGAGAAGUAUCGAAACCCGAAGACUCGAACCAAGGACUGGGCAGAACUCUCCAAACGUCUUGACGAGGACGAACUCAAAUACCAAUCUGCACGUUGUAUGGAUUGUGGUGUUCCUUUCUGUCAGAGCGAUACUGGUUGCCCUAUCUCAAAUAUUAUUCCAAAGUGGAACGAACUUGUUUUCCAAAACCAGUGGAAGAAUGCGUUGUACAAGUUACUUCAAACAAAUAACUUCCCCGAAUUUACAGGACGUGUUUGCCCCGCUCCUUGUGAGGGUGCUUGUGUCCUCGGAAUCAAUGAGGAUCCAGUCGGCAUCAAGAGUAUUGAGUGUGCAAUCAUCGAUCGUGGUUUCGAGAUGGGCUGGAUGGUUCCCACUCCUCCGAGCAUCCGUACUGGGAAGAAAGUUGCUAUCAUUGGAUCUGGACCUGCUGGUUUGGCUGCCGCUGAUCAACUCAAUAAGGCUGGCCAUUCCGUUACAGUCUAUGAACGUGCGGACCGCCUUGGUGGUUUGCUAAUGUAUGGAAUCCCAAACAUGAAGUUAGACAAGUCUAUCGUUCAGCGCAGAACCGAUUUCAUGGCAUCAGAAGGCAUCAAAUUCGUUACAGGUGUUCACGUCGGCCAAGAUAUCACAAUGGCCGAGAUUCAAUCAGGAAACGAUGCCACCAUACUUGCUACUGGCGCCACGGUUCCUAGAGAUCUCCCUAUCCCCAAUCGCAAUCUAGAGGGUAUUCACUUUGCCAUGACUUUUCUACAUGCCAACACAAAGUCUCUACUUGAUACCGAGCACAAAGACGGCGAGUAUAUCUCGGCGAAAGACAAGGAUGUCAUUGUCAUUGGUGGUGGUGAUACUGGAAACGAUUGCAUUGGUACCUCUGUUCGCCAUGGAGCCAAAUCUGUGGUCAACUUCGAGCUGCUUCCUCAGCCACCAAACGAAAGAGCCCGUGAUAAUCCAUGGCCCCAGUGGCCUAAGGUUUACAGGAUUGACUACGGUCACUCUGAGGUCAAGGCUCAAUAUGGAAAGGAUCCGCGUGAGUACUGUGUUAUGAGCAAGGAGUUUGUUAGCGAUGGAAAGGGCCAUGUCAAGGGUAUCAAUACUGUCCGUGUUGAGUGGACUAGAAGCGCUCGAGGUGGUUGGGAUAUGAAGAAGGUUGAGGGCUCAGAGAAGUUCUUCCCAGCAGAUCUUGUACUCCUGUCCAUGGGAUUCUUGGGGCCUGAAGAUCGGGCCUUGGGCGAUAUCGAAAGAGAUCCUAGGAAGAACGUCAAGACUCCUCCUGGAGGUUAUUCAACUUCAGAGGAAGGUCUCUUUGCAGCUGGAGAUUGCCGCAGAGGGCAAAGUUUGAUCGUCUGGGGUAUCAACGAGGGAAGGCAAUGUGCUCGUGAGGUCGACCAAUAUCUCAUGGACUCUACACAACUUCCUGUCACCGGAGGAAUUGUACUCAGAAACCCAUAUCCUGUAGAAAUCCUCGAGCGAGCGGAAACGGCACCCUUACAAACCAUUGCAAUCGCUGCUGCUAGCUAA